AAUUUUCUCGCGAGAACUACUACGUUAGGCUAUUAGAGGAAUCUAACAGGAAAGUAGGGACUACCUAAUCAUGCAACUCGUGUGGUCUUAUUCUUGGAAGUCCGUUGUGAACACUUACGUACAACUUUGCUAUACGGAUAAAGAUACAAGAAUGCGAGUAAAUAUUUGUGCUAGUAUAUCACGUUUAUGAGGAAAUUAUAAUGUCUUCUAGCUCAAAUGUUUCGCUGACUACAAGCGGAAACGCUAUAACAAGAACAUCGAAGGAUACGCACGAACGAACGGGAUGUAGGUGUAUUGUGCCUAGGUGCUCCUUUCCGGCAAGUGCCAGUGCUUUGGCGGCUGCGUGUUGGGCACCGUAAUCAGAUAGCCCCUGGUUCAAUUCCCGGUCACAUAACUAUCGCUACUAUCCAGGGCUGUGCUUAUAUCAACAGCCGCGGCAUCCUGGUGAUUCGGGUUCAACAUUAAAUCCCAAGGCCAACUGGGGUAGGAAAAAUAUAAAAAGGGUUUUACGCUCCUGAAACACCACUCCACCCUUUCAAAACCCCUCUUCCUGAGGGGUUACAGGAGUGAAACAGAAGUGGUAGGGUAGAUUGUCUGAUGGUCUAGCUGGGAUCGCGAGCUAGCCGGUACCUGCCCUCCGCCUCCAGUUGCUACUCAGCUCUCAGGUGUGUGUUCACCUCAAAUUGCAACCAUUGCAAACGAAUUUGGACUGAUUAAAGGCCAUGAUGUUUAUUAACUAUAUGGCAACUUCUUGCCUCCUAGAUUUACGGAGCCGAUUUAAUUCUUCUUCGUUAUUUAUUGCCUUUUGCAUAUUACCGCUGAUUGACAGCGGCUAUGCGCAAGAGCUGACACCAGCUGCUGGUGUUGAAAGGUGGAACUCUCAUGUUGAUCAACACGAGUAUAAGGUAUUAAUUCCUAAUUCGGACAUGAAUUACGAUAAUAAAGAUACAGCUCCAGUCCAGGAUAUUCAGAUAGACAGUACUAAACCAUGCAAGACUAAUGUAGAAUUGAAGGUUCUUGAAACAAUUUUUGAAAGAUUAUUUGGAUCAAAUCAUAUGGACAUAGAGGAUAACGAAUUAUAUGAAAUUGUAAUAAUUUCGAUAUUCUGUUGUGGUCUGGAAAUUGUAUUCACGCUGUUCUUAUUUCCGAUUUUCCUCAUCGUCUUCAUUACUGGACGUUGCUUCCGUAUCAAUAUUGUCAUAGGUCCAAUUUGUCAAAGCUGUCAUACAUCCAAUGAAUUGCGAGAAAAAAAAUUCAGUAGAUCCAUAGUUUAAAUCCAGAAUAUUGUCCAGGCGGAAUAUUAAUAAGCCCAAGCAAGACUAAUGUAAAAUUGAGGGUUCUUAAAAUAAUUUUUGAGAACAUGUUUGGAUCAAAUUAUACAGACAUUGAGGAUAACGAUCCUGUUAGUUUGUAAUCACUGAGAUUGAAAAUAUGUUUAUGUUUAAAAAAUAAUUA